AUGGAUACGAUUGAGAGCACACAAGAAACAAAGCUCGAUGUUUUACGUGCGAAGAAAUUAGACAAUACUACAAAUCGACAUAUUCUUGAUCCAGAAACGAAUUGUGCACGUCGGAUUCUCCACCCAGUGACCAAUGUUCUACAGGAGUUAGGCGAUCCCGUGACCAAUCUUUCAAAUUACACAUUGAGUGAUAACGAGCAUGCUGCUCUCAUUAAUAGUUUACGUCAUGUUUAUCCACGUAGAAAACUCGAUGGACUACAGUUCGUAUGCAACAUGGAGUACUUCUAUGCACGUCUAUUAAAUAUUAAAACUGCGUAUCGACAUUACGAACAGAAACCAUCUAAUGAAGUUGUUCGUCAUCAAUUCACAUCACGAAUGUUCUCUAGCAUGUAA